AUGGACACUCGCAGCUUCGCAUCAUCUUUCGUUGAAACAACAAAAGACUCCUUUGACAGAUCUCAGGCUAUUUGUAGAAACAACAAACCAAUCCGAAACGCCACUGUUGGCCAGUCAUUGUUACAUGGAAGGACGUUUAACCACAGACAAACCUGGAACGUUGCUGUGGUGGGCGCUAAAUGCAAGACUUCAGGAGCUCCAAAACAAGACCCGGUGGUGAACAAAGACUUUGACAGCUUCGGUUGGAUGACUUAUGUGUCCGUUUCAUUAUAA